AAUCACAAAGAUCGGAAAAAAUAGAAUAUCUCCAUUUUUAUUUAAUGACGGCUUAAGAGCAGAAGAUGAAAAGCGUGAACCGACCUAGGAGCGAGUAUAUAAGGAGUCCUAGGCGAGAGGCAUGGAGAGAGACUUUUUCAGAGAAAACUUAGCACUUAGAGCAAUUAGGCAACUUUCCGUUUUUGUUAUUUCGAGCUGCGACUCAAUUAGGUUUAGCCGUCUUAGGGUUGCUAGAACUAGGAAUCUCGCCGACAGCUCUCGAGCCCAGGCUUAUACCUUGUUGUAAACGCUCAUACGCAGAUUCGGAAUAAGAUCUUAUUUACUCUCUUUUUCGAUUUCUUAUUUUUAUCGUUGUUAUUCUCGUGUUCUGAUUGCUUGACCUGUGGUAAUUAGCAGAUAUCCGGGUCCUCUGGGAAAUUAGGGUUUUCCUAGUUUCCUUAUUUAAACGGAAAUCGACAGUGUGAAUUUCGGUUCCCACAGGAGCCAACCAGCAUGGAGAUCAGGACGUUAUGAACAAUUUGACCGAGGUUUGUUCAUCCGACCGUACCGAUCAGACUGACCCAGCCGUCCUGAUUGGAGCUUCGGCUGGAACCAUGUCUAGAUGACCAAACCGACCGAACCACAACCCAUCUUCGCCGACCAACUCGACAUUCUAAGACCCACGGUCGAGCUAGACUUAGCUUGGGUCGUGAAGAAACCGAAGACAGACAUGCAUUCUCAUCCGGCGGACACUUCGGACAGUCCCGCAAGCAUCCUUAUCUUUACCCUGUGCAUCCAUCUUGUUCGGAUGAACUUAGACAUUAUCUGAAGGGCCAUCUUUGACCAAUCUGCAUGGAAGACUGAGUCUUUGACUCAUUAAUUCAGAUCUGGUCCGAUUUGUAUUUUUUAUGUAUUAUUUUCCGUGUAUUUUCUUUAUUAGUCUUUGACUACAAACACUAUAAUUAUGUGUUGGGAUCGAAAACGGUUACGACGAAGUUAACGUCCAAAUCUCCAAAAAAUACAAGUAUGUCUUUCCGCAAUAAAUCGUGCUCGGUCAAGAAAACAUCGCAACGUAUGCUCCCAAGAUAAAGCUUCGUUCAAAUUCUAUUUAGAUCAAACAUAAGUCAUCGGAAACGUACCCAAACCAGCUACGGAUAGGUUCGAGGAUGAUGAUCAGAAGACGGACAAACCAAGCUCGGUCAUUACGCAACUACCGCACAUCUACGCUGUCCGGUCGCUAAGUAGCGACCAAGCUCGAGCCACGCUCGGUCGCUACGUCCCGCUCGGUCGUUAUGUAGCGACCGAGCUAGAGACAAAGUCGGUCCCUACGUAGCGACCGAGCUCGAGCCAAGCUCGGUUGCUACAUAGCGACCGAGCGUCCGUCCCGCUCGGUCGCUAUGUAGAGACCGAGCUCGAGUCAAGCUCGGUCCCUGAGCGUCCGUCCCGCUCGGUCGCUACGUAGCGACCGAGGUCGAGCCAAGCUCGGUCGCUACAUAGCGACCGAGCGUGUGUUCCGUUCGGUCGCUGCGUAGCGAUCGAGCUCUUCCAAAACGUCGAUACGACACUAGUCCAUGCAUUCUCGUCUACCCUUCGAUGCUAUCUCCCAAAGACCAUAGAGAACUCAUUUCAUGUUUUCCGCCAUUCUAAGUAUUCAAUCAAACUUUGCGGUAAAAACCACGGAAAGUUCGUUCUUUAUCAAAAGAAGCCAUAGUAAACGUGUCGAGUCAGAAGAUGGCCCAAAGGGACCUAAGACAUGACUCGAGGCCCAACUUACAAUUUCUUAACCAAAAGCCCGUAAGCCGUAUGACAGUUUACACUUGGUCCGCAAGAAAAGAUAAAUGUCAAGUUUCUGCGGAUAAAUACGAAGUUUUAAAGAUAAUCACAAAGAUCGGAAAAAAUAGAAUAUCUCCAUUUUUAUGCAAUGACGGCUUAAGAGCAGAAGAUGAAAAGCGUGAACCGACCUAGGAGCGAGUAUAUAAGGAGUCCUAGGCGAGAGGCAUGGAGAGAGACUUUUUCAGAGAAAACUUAGCACUUAGAGCAAUUAGGCAACUUUCCGUUUUUGUUAUUUCGAGCUGCGACUCAAUUAGGUUUAGCCGUCUUAGGGUUGCUAGAGAAACUUCCAAUGUAGAUCUUUGGAGUCUGUCCCAGAGGGAAGACGAACCCCUCCGCGAGUUCAUCAGCCGAUUCAAGCUGGUGAUGUCCAGGGUCAGUGGGAUAAGCAACAAAGUGGCCAUCGACGCGCUCAGGAAGACGCUCUGGUACAAGUCGAAAUUCAGAAAAUGUAUAACCCUCGACAAACCGUGGACGAUCCAGGAUGCCCUCCACAAGGAGACGGACUACAUCAUAAUCGAGGAAGAAACGAAAGUCUUAUCGCAAAAACAUAAGUCGGCAAGACCAUCCUCAAAGGACGUAGAUCCGAAAACAAAGAAGAAGAACUCUCCUAACUAUAAGUAUGUCCAUCACGAGGGGGAAGAUCUCCAGGGAGCGCACAAUUACACGAUCAGUUCGGACCAAGGCCGAACCACGGGUAAUACGUGGACUCGCAAUCAAGGAUAUGAUGAAAACACCUUUUGCGAGUUUCACCAGUCCCGAGGACAUUCCACGACUAACUGCAAAGUCUUGGGAGCAAGGCUGGCCGCGAAGCUACUCGCUAGAGAGCUCUCGGAAGUGACCAGCGUGAAAGAUCUCAUCCUCGAUUCCGAUCGCCCUCUGAAGACGGACAGAAAUCCACCCGCGGAAAAAUCCCCUCAACAAAACCAAUGCAGGGAUAAACGCGGCAGAAGGCCGGACGACAAGGGAAAUGAUAACAAUCGUCGCAGAGUCAACAUGAUCAUCGGAGGAUCACAAUACUGCAACGAUACGGUUUAGGCCAUCAAGGCUUACCAGCGGAAGGCAGAGUCGAGUGAAAACUGGCCUACAUGGUCUCCUCCCCGAGAUGGCCAAAAUUGCUCGAUCACCUUCACGAAGGAGGAAGCUGGCGGGAUCGAUCAACCUCACUGCGAUCCGCUCGUCAUAGAUCUCGUCAUACGAGAUCUGGAAGUCGGAAGAGUACUCAUCGACAUGGGAAGCACGGUCAAUGUUAUCUUCCGCGACAGUCUCAAUCGGAUGAGCAUUAAACUCGGGAAAGUAACUCCAACGCCGAAACCACUCACGGGUUUUUCGGGCGAAGUGUCGAUGACUCUCGGAUCAAUCCAGUUGCCAGUCAUGGCCAAUGAGAUCACGAAAAUCGUCGAGUUUGCGGUAGUCGAUCAUCCCGCUAUCUACAACGUGAUCAUGGGAUCCCCAUGGCUCAACGCCAUGCAAGCCGUUCCGUCAAUGUACCACCUCGGCGCCAAAUUCCCAACCCCAACCGGAGUUGCAGCUAUCUGGGGAUGUCAGAAACAAUCGCGGCUAUGCUUCCUCGCGGAGCACAAGCUGAGGUAAAUCGCGACUUCCGCAACGGCAAAUCGCAAGAGCACGAAGAUAAAUCAAUCUUCGGCAAAAACGCUUCAAGGAAAAGACGAUUUAACACCUUCUGCUGACGCAAACAAUUCAGACAUCGAAACUCAACACGAGUCCGAAGCCGACACUACUACCCAGCCGGAACAUCCGGAAAAGAACACUGACCCUGUAAUGACCCUCACGAGCAGAUAGAAUUUUGGUCGAAAAAAUUCUUUAAGAUCAGUUUGAAGAUUGAUCGAUCAGAAUUUAAAUAAAAUUCGACACGGUGAAUUAAUCUCUCGACGGGCUGUCUUUUGGUCGAAAAAGCAUCUCUUGAUGGUUCUGGUCGAGUAUUAAUUAUUAUUGUC